AUGGGAAAGAAGCAUAGAGAUCCAUUUCCUACAAGGAAGCCGUGGAGAGCCAAAGAAGCACUUGAGCUUGUGCAUUCAGACUUAUGCUAUGUGGAGGUUCCAUCUAAUGGGGUUAACAAAUACUUCAUUACUUUCAUUGAUGAUUUCAGUAGAAAGGCAUUGGUUUAUUUCUUGAAGGAAAAGUCUGAUGCAUGUGAAGCACCCCGAGGAUCUCUAUCGGUCCGGCAGUGUGAAACGUGUGGUAGAACACAUGGUGGGGUUUGUUUCAAGGCUACUGGUGCAUGUUUUAACUGUGGAGGAAGCGGACAUUUCGCUAAGGAUUGCACUAGUCCGCGCCGGUCUGGAUCUUUUACUACAUCUGAAGGAUCAGCUCAAGUCUCUGCACCCAGAGGGUCACAGUCAGCUGCUAGAGGCAGAGGCAGAGGUAGGGGUCCUGGUAACACCCCUGGAAGUCAGAGCACUGUUAACCAGCCAGCAUCCAGUGGCGCACCAGUUAGAGUAUAUACCAUGCGUCAAAGGGAAGAGGCUGAAACAUCAGAUGUUGUAGCUGUUGAAAAGAAUAUCGGGAAGGAACCCGAGGAAACGAGUCGAGGCUAAGGGACGACUCGCUUG